AUGGGGGGGACUAAAGGGUUUGAGAGGGGCAUCACCAUGGAAACCAACUUGAGUCACAUGAUUCCUUCGAAUGUCUCAGUCCGCCUUUCUUGCAUUGGAGAUGCCAGUGCUACAAUGGCUGAGAACAGGCCGAGAACUUUGAGCUCGGUGCUUUAUCUUAACAGCACAAAGACAGACAGCGAGAGCAGAGAUGUCGCCUACGAGUGUAAAGUGUUCAACAUCACCAUGCUCUCGCUCUCCCUGUGCGUCCUCACUGUGACGGCCAUCACAUGCUGUGUGUCCUAUAUCAACCGCUGGAGGCACCACAAGCAAGCGUGCAAGUAUGAAAGAGCUGUGGCAUAUGACCUCGGGGAGGAGCCAGUGAACCUAAAGGUCAUGCAGAGGUCACAGAGUUUGCGUAACCCACUGCCUCUAGAAUCAUUCGGAAAGGACGACUCCUCUAUUUACUACAUCUGCACUAAUCCACUUCCUGUCGGAUGCCAUGACGAUGAUGUUGAUUUCUCACGCACACACACCACGCUGACUGACCCUAAAGAUGACAUCAUGCUGGAUCCACCCACCUUUUAUAUGCAGCUGUAGAUCUAACACUCCAACUAAACACGCUGGGGUCCAACUAUUCGAAUGCUUUAAAGUCAA